ACUAGUUUACCUUCUCCUCUUGGAAAAUAACGAUUGGCGAGGUUUUUGCUGCGCUAUUGACACAACACUUCCCAUUGAGGAGCCAUGGCAGCAAUAAGUGAUUGCCCUGGUGUCACUUGUGCUUGGCAAUAAAUUGGCAUCUGUCCACUGGACUGUUAAUCAUGGUUCUGUACAGCACCAAAUAAUGAUUAUGAAGAAGAUUAUGACUUUUCAACUCCUUACAAAUCAGUGACAAGAGGCGGAUUAAGAAAAGGUGGUGUCUUGUAAGGAAGACACUUCAUUCUCCGGCCAAGAACAAUCAAAGACAUGGACAAUAGUCUACUACACAGAACAACCAAAACAGCCAGAGAACAGCUUCCCAGCAGAGCCAACAUGAUCAGCAGUACCAAGCCUCUUGCCUUUUCCAUAGAAAGGAUAAUGUCCAGGACUCCAGAACCUAAAGCUCUCUCUGUGCCAAGUUUGUUGCAGGGUUGUCAGCCAAAAGGUGACCACAGGCAAGCCCUUCACAUCAAUUCUUCAUCCAUCCCCUGCAUGAUUCCCUUUGUGCCAGUUGCCUAUGACCACUGUCCCAAAAUUGGACUCACCAGCUCUGAGCUGAGGAAGACCCAACUUGAAUCGUCCACCGCUUUUAGCUGCAACGAACUUCUGAAUUGUGCUCUGGCUUUCAAAGGAGAUCUUGCCAGAGACGCCUUACCUGUCCAACAAUACAAGCUGGUGAGACCACGAGUGGUGAACCAUUCAUCGUUCCAUGCCAUGGGGGCAGCUUUGUGUUAUUUUAACCGAGCAGAUGGACCAUGCCACCCUUCAGCUAGCAUCAACAUCCACCCAGUUGCCUCUUAUUUUCUGGGCUCCCCACUGCACCAACCUCAAAAGACCUACCUGGCAGAGAGGAACAAGCUGGUUGUGCCAUCUGUGGAGAAGUAUUCUUCAGGGAUGACUUUCAAAGACCUUUCACAAGCCCAGUUUCAGCACUAUAUGAAAGAAAGCGCCCAGGCACUAUCAGAUAAGAUUGCCUUCAAAAACUCAGCCAAAUUCAGCAGCAAUGCUUCCCCCAACAGCAAACCCAAAGUCUUCACCUGUGAAGUGUGUGGCAAGGUGUUUAAUGCACAUUACAAUCUGACCAGACACAUGCCAGUCCACACGGGGGCCAGACCGUUUGUAUGCAAGAUUUGUGGCAAAGGAUUCAGACAAGCAAGCACCCUAUGUAGGCAUAAAAUCAUCCACACACAGGAAAAGCCCCAUAAAUGCAAUCAGUGCGGCAAAGCCUUCAACAGGAGUUCCACCCUGAACACCCACACCCGAAUCCACGCGGGAUACAAGCCCUUUGUGUGUGAAUUCUGCGGGAAGGGUUUCCAUCAGAAAGGUAAUUACAAGAACCACAAACUCACUCACAGCGGGGAGAAGCAGUUCAAGUGCAAUAUAUGUAACAAGGCUUUUCACCAAGUCUACAAUCUGACCUUCCAUAUGCACACCCACAAUGACAAGAAGCCCUUCACCUGCCCCACCUGUGGCAAAGGAUUCUGCAGGAACUUUGACCUGAAGAAACAUGUGCGCAAGUUGCAUGACAGCAAUACAGGAGGUCCACCUGGGUCUAGUCCUGCUGCGCAGGAUGAACUGCUUCUACAGACCAGGAGCCAACCCAAGAGGAACCAGAGUCCAGAACUUCAAGAAGGCACCUAUUGAUGGCCUUCCUGGGGCCACAUAAUGGACUUUUCUUAUGUACCUUAAGGUGCAAAUUUCCAGAAUCCAAGCAGGGUUAAAUCAGACUUGGUCUGCUGGACAACCAGAUGGAGAUGUUGGUCGGGGCUGGAGAGGAAGACCUCGAGUUGGAGGUCUUUCUGUUGGGUGCUAUGGAUUGGGAAGUCACAAGUGCUUUCUCUGUCCCUCUACUCGGAACUCGUGCUCUUCUGAGGUUUUGCAUGCACCUAUAAAAUAUUGUGAGAGUAUUAUGCUCUACUUGUUCAUUGACCGUUUGCUUUUGAAAUUUU